AUGCUUCACCUCUACCAUGGUCCUCUCGUCAAACUCAGACUCAACCCCAGCAAUCGCGAAUUUACAGUCUCUAAAGAUCUACUAUGUGCGGAAUCAAAGAUACUUGCAGUGAUGUUCGAAGAAGGUCGUUUCAAAGAGUCCCAGCAGAUGGAAGCAAACCUGAAUGAAGAGGAGCAUAUUGUCUCAGUAAGAAGUGUGGAAGCACUUAUUCAAUGGAUCUAUAUUCGCGUUGUCAAAUUCGACGUUGAAGACCCUGGUGAGAAUAUUACGGCUGCGAUGGAACUUGUGAGGCUUGCAGAUUUAUACUUCAUCACUGGACUGGAAACUGAGAUGGCGCAAUAUAUCAAGAAGAUAAUUAUCGCCAAUCCCGGUCCAAAGCGCACAGGUACUAGCAAGUCUAAGUACGAUACGCUUUCUGAAAGAGAUACUCACUGGCUUAACGCUGAACAUAUUAUCUCUGCAACCUAUUUACGUCCAGACCAUCCAGUACGACAAACUCUAGCUGCAGCCUGUGUCGCAGGGUUUAUCCAGCACUAUCCGGGCAAAUUCCACAAGUUGACUGAUGAUUAUCCUUCAUUUAGAGCUGAUCUGGCUCGUCAGGUUGUGCCUGUAAUGAAGAUUUCUAGUCUCUUGCCAUCAUAUCGCACUUUUGAAGACCCCAUCAGUGGGGAAGAAUUAGAGAUGGGUCCAGAAACGGUUUUUUUGAGGGGGUCAGAAGACGAAACUGAGGAUUUCGCUAGAUGA